CCCCCCCCCCCCCCCGCCAUGGAGGGCAUGGACGUGGACCUGGACCCCGAGCUCAUGCAAAAGUUCAGCUGCCUGGGCACCACCGACAAGGACGUGCUCAUCUCCGAGUUCCAGCGACUCCUCGGCUUCCAGCUUAACCCGGCCGGCUGCGCCUUCUUCCUGGACAUGACCAACUGGAACUUACAAGCAGCAAUUGGCGCUUACUAUGACUUUGAGAGCCCAAAUAUCAGUGUGCCCUCUAUGUCCUUUGUUGAAGACGUCACCAUAGGAGAAGGGGAAUCUAUACCUCCUGAUACUCAGUUUAUAAAAACAUGGCGGAUCCAGAAUUCUGGGUCAGAGGCCUGGCCUCCAGGGGUUUGUCUUAAAUAUGUCGGGGGAGACCAGUUUGGACAUGUGAACAUGGUGAUGGUGAGAUCUCUAGAACCCCAAGAGAUUGCAGAUGUCAGUGUCCAGAUGUGCAGUCCCAGCAGAGCAGGAAUGUAUCAGGGACAGUGGCGGAUGUGCACUGCUACAGGACUCUACUAUGGAGAUGUCAUCUGGGUGAUUCUCAGUGUGGAGGUGGGUGGACUGUUAGGAGUAACGCAGCAGCUGUCAUCUUUUGAAACGGAAUUCAACACACAGCCACAUCGCAAGGUAGAAGGAAACUUCAACCCGUUUGCCUCUCCCCAAAAGAACCGACAAUCAGAUGAAAACAACUUAAAAGACCCUGGGGGUUCCGAGUUCGACUCGAUCAGCAAAAAUACAUGGGCUCCUGUUCCUGACCAAACCGAGCAAGAUCAGGAUAGACUGUCACAGAACUCUGUAGAUCUGUCCCCCAGCAGUCACGCAAACAACUUAUCAGUAGUGACUUACAGUAAGGGGCUCCACGGGCCUUACCCCUUCGGCCAGUCUUAAACGGGUCUCAGCAAGAAGAAAAGUUAACAAAAGACAGAAGGCCUGACUUUGGGGGGAGAGGGUGAGGGGUUCCUCUGGAUUGCAGAGCAAGCACAUCGCACGGACCCCUGGCUCAAACCCCCACCCACCCCCCCAAUCACGGAAGAAGAGGAAGAAAGACUAGUUUUGAGUGAGCUCAGUAUGCAUGUGUGAGUGCUGAACUGCAGGAAUGGUGUUGGCAACCAAGAAGAAAUCCUCGCAGCCACCUUGGGUUUGGGUGAUGACGUCAGUCUAAUGAGUUGUUAGGUCAUUUGGGAAGGGGAAGAGAUUUAAAAUGGGGGAAAAUAAGCCAUCUUUUUAAACAAAAAUUAUUUUGCCUACAGAGAGGUUGUAGUUCUGAGCACAUGUUAGUCUUCCCCGCUUCCCGGUGUUUCUUUUAAGUGGAGGACGGCGUGCUCUACAGAGCAGUGCUUGCUCUGGAAGCCAUUCACAGUGUGGUGAGGCUGGCGUGGCAUGUCUGGGGACUCUGCCAGUCAGCGUUGCUAGGCUCGUGCUGUGCCCGCCCCCACCUGGCUGCACAGUCUGACCUCAAUUGUUCUUAGUGGCAUCUGCCGAUAAGAUAUCACCUUUCCUCUCUUUUCAGUCUCCUCUUGAUUUACACCCUGGACAUUUGUAUCUGUCGGCCUUGGGGCUUCUUAGCAGCAGCACUCUCUGAAUCCAGACUUCCUGUGUGGCCAGCAGAAGCCUGGAGGACAGUCUGGCAGGUGUCCUUUUGCACACUUGUGACAGCUGGGACUGCUUCCUCCCGUGUUUCUCUUGGCAGAGGGAGUGUGGCCCUUCAUGCCGUGGCCCAUCUUUCCCUCGCUCUCUCGGGGUGUGUGCUUGUGCUUCAUGCACACAGGGUUGUAAUUCAUCAAGUGUGAACUGUGCCCUGCUUCUCUUAUCACACAGCUCCCUCCCUGUGUCCCCCCACAUGUCCUUGUGACGUUCUCAUGACCUAUUAGUGGAGUCCGAGCUACGAAAGAAUGAUAAUACUGCCCCAGCUGGGAGCCCCGCUGCUGACCACUGCCUGAGAGGCCACAGUCAGGCGGAAAUAAAAAGACCUCCUCUGGCAGAGGUUGCUUAGUUUGGGGUGGCAAGUUGCAGCCCAGCCGGAGUAUAGGCAUUUGCUCCCUGGGCAGGUGCAGUGCCCACUAAUGUCCCAUGAACUCCAAGCAGGCUGAAAUAUGGAUGUCUCCAUGGGAAUCUUAAACCAGGCUAGAACAGCUGACUGCCAAAGAUACAAGAAUAUGCAAAGUCCCUCUUCUUAACCCCUCCUUCCCUAAGUUAGUGAUGAGAGAGCCUGGGAUGUGGAUUUGUGUGGCUGCAGGUCCCCUGCCUGCCUCCAGCCCCCAUGUGCUCCAGGGUUGUGAGCAGAUCAGGGAGACCAGGGUGUGAGGUUCGUUAGCCUGGGUGUGGGUGCAGGACUGCCGGUCUGUCUCUGUCUGGAUGUUUGAGUUCCAAGUGUGUGGUGUUUGUUUGUUGCUCCUCAUUCUCUUCUGAGACUAUUUGAUUUUAAACACUUGAUUGUGAAAGAAAGAAGCUUGUACGAAAAUCCCCCCUCACCUUUUCAU